GGUCAGGGGAGGACCAGGACAUUUCCCGGUGGACUGGCCGCUGGACUGGCUCACUCAGCUAUUGCCGAGGGGCUAGGUUCUGGUCGUGCUUGACUUUUUUAAAUAAACAAUCCAUGCCAUUCGUGCGGCUCACUUGCGUAUCUGACUGAAGUUCCCAGACACCCCCUCCUUUCCAUGCUCAGCAGUGCAGAGACACACAUAGAGACAGCUAAAAGGGAAAGGAUGAGCAGAGAGGGAGAGGAUAGAAAAUAAGAAAGCACUGGCAGUGCUUUCUGCCCAGUCUGUGCCCGGUCUGUGCCCGGAACAAGAUGUCUAACCGACCACCCGAGGGUCUCCUGCAACCGCUGGGCAUUCCCCAUCGACCUUGGUCCCACAUCGCUGUGGACUUCGUCACGGGCCUGCCAACAUCUCACGCAAUGGGCCUGAGAUCAUCACUGGAAAGCCUUCUGUUGUUCCUCUGGAUUUCAGGGAUCUGUGCAAGACUGGCAAAGGCUGAGUUUCUACACAAAGAGAACUGCACCAACUACGAGCUCCAGUUUGAAAGAGUGUUCUCUGUCCCCGGAGAGGUGGCAAUGCUGAAUAGCACCCUGCUGUCUCCAGAUGUCUUUAACUUCACUACUGUCCCAUUCAACAUCACCUGGUACAGCACAAAGACUGGACAAGAGAUAACAAAUGAGACCGGUCAAGUUCUGCUGCUUAGAGAGACGCUUUGGUUCCUAAACACAACUAUGGAUGAUGAUGGGGAAUAUGUAACUAUACUGCGAACUCCUUCUCAGUGCUACAUGCAGUCCACUAAGCUGCUGGUAGAUCUGCCAGUUGCUGGAGAGUGCGGAAGACCACAGAAAGCCUGUCAAGAACUGACAGAAGGAGUAGCGGACACCCUGAACUGCCCUCUGAGGGAAUAUAUUGAUACACUGGACAGCUAUGGGAUCCGCUCAUCCCUCAAGUGGUACAAAGGCUGUGACCCCAUAUUGGUUGAAUCGGCCAGGCACAUCUUCCGGGACAGGAAUAAACUGACGUUUUUCAAGGUGGAAAGUGAAAACAGUGGUACAUAUACUUGUACUCUGAUGUUUACCCUCGAUGGCAUAGCAAGAUCUGUGUCGGAGACUAUUGAUGCAACGGUCAAAGCAGAUGGAUACUCCUUGGUACCACAAGUUCAUGAACCAGAAAAUGAAAUUAUCAAGGGGGAAAAAGGAUCAAAUUUUACAAAGAGGUGUCGAGUGUUUGUACCAGGUGCUGGAAUUCCAUUUGUUGACGUUUAUUGGCUGGUCAGAAACGGGUUAAUUACCAAAACCCAGCCAUCUGAACACAUUUACACAUCAGAGCAGCGUUUGUGGACCCAAGAUGACCCGAAAGGUGUGUGGUUAGAACGGCUGCUUUUCUUCUCUGAACUGAGGGGGGAGGAUUUCUACCUCAACUAUACCUGUCGAGCCUACAGUUCCCGAGGCUUUCCAGAGGGAUACUUUACUUUGUUACCGACAGAUCCAAACAUCAUACUUCCCUUUGGAUUAGUUGUGGGUGCCGUGACUGCUCUCUUUAUCAUCAGCGUCACUGUCUACUAUAUCUUCAGGAUAGACAUUGUGUUGUGUUUCAGGAGGGUGUUUCCAGUUCUCUAUGCAAAUAAAGAUCUAGAUGGCAAGUUGUAUGAUGCCUAUGUGGCAUACCCUAAUCCUGGUGCCUUUGGAUUUAAUGAGGAAGUGGAGGAGUUUGUCCUGCAAACACUGCCUAAAGUGUUGGAACAGGCCUGUGGCUACAAACUCUUCAUAGCAGGCCGUGACUGCCUGCCGGGGCAGGCCAUUGUGGACUCUGUGGAUGAGAACCUUCAGGCCAGUCGCCGUGUUCUCCUGCUCUACAAUGCCUCCACGUUCAUUAGUAAAAGACACACAAGUAGCACCAGCAGUAACAACAACAAUAUUACAAAGAUCAAUGAUGGAGAUGACAAAAUCGAAAGCAAGACCAGUGAGAGCCCUGGCAGCGUGGGAUUUGAUGGUGGCGAUAGAGUCGUUUCGGAUACAAGGCAGCAGCUGGAAUGUAUGGUAGCCAUGAACAGGGCACUGCUUGAGGGGUCCAUAAAGGUGGUUCUGGUGGAACUAGAGGAGAUCACCCCAGCUCAGCAGGCCCUUUUGCCAGAGUCAGUGCGCCACCUGAGAAAGAGGCAGGGUGCUGUGUGCUGGUGGAAGGCUUUAGGGGUGAGGCAAAGACGGAGGACAAGUUCGGGGUGGAGAAAAGAUAAGAAAAACGUUGGAAAGGACUCACAAGUGUCACCAUCUCUCCUUCCAUCUUCCAUGUUUUGGAAAGAGAUUAGGUAUCACAUGCCAGUCAGAGGCAAGAUGGCGGUUUAUCCAGAGAAAACUGCGUUAUUGAACUUAUGACAGUUAAAUGUGAAUGUUUGUGUGAAAUGCUGAAGCAACUAAAAAGCUAAAGACCAGGUACAAUUGAAAAGCAUGACUGUCCUCCAACAUGUUGCUUCAAGCUCUUACUUUGCAAGUUGAGAAGAACUGAUCAGUUAAGGGUUCAUAAUUGUGCAGCAUGUACUGAAAUCCAAGAAGCCCAUAAGGAAUAAUCAGAAGCUGCUUUCUUCAGUAAAACCAGCUCAUCUUUGGAGCAUCACCAUGAAUGGACUAUCCAAAGUUUGCAGAAAAUAAGUGUCAGAAUUGUUCUCCAAAUGUUUAUGUAAAUUUAGGAAAAUGUAAAUAGUACUGUAAAAAUGCUAAAAAUAUUUGUACAUAUUUGGUCGUGUCUCUAAGGCUGUGUAAAGAAUUAUGAAAGCUGUGACUUUGUUGUGACAGGUGGUUAUGAUUAUUGAAAAUGUUCAUAAACAUGUUUAAAUAUGUAAAUAAAAGCCAUUAGCAGAA